AUGGGGUACCCUGGGAACGAUAUUCCGAGACUGGAGCAUGAUUUGAGUAUAUUAGGAGCCUCACAUGGGAACGACAGGAGCAGCAACACUACUGAUAAAGACUGCGUGAUCCAGAAGAAUGAGGAGGAUUGCAACAAGUAUGAUGAUGAUGGUUUUCCAGUUACUGAGAGCCACACAGCCGGACCUAUGGCCCGAUUCAAUAGCAACACGACAACCGACGCAAUCAAGACAAAAUGGUAUCACAAGUUGAACCCAACUAGUGGCAGAGGAACCGCGACAUCCCCCAACAAAUACAACGUCUCGCGAGAAUACAAAGCCGGAUUUCUAAGCAAACUGACGUUUCAAUGGAUGACGCCAAUGAUCACGACUGGCUAUAAGCGGCAGCUCAAACAAGGCGAUAUAUGGGCAGUGCAUCCAAACCGUGGCGUGGAAUCUUUGACGAACAGAGUUAGGGGGCUAUUCAAACAGUACGUCAACCGCAGACAGAAGCACCCGCUUCUUCGAGCCCUCUAUGCGAGUUUCCGUUUCGAAUUCUAUUUUGGAGGCAUCUGCGCUUUAUUUGGUGCUGUCUUACGUGUCAUGGCGGCGUUCACCUUGCGCUUUUUGAUCCAGUUUGCUUCGGAUGCCUACAGGGCUCAUGGUCUGGGUAAGCCAUCGCCUCCGAUAUACCGCGGUGUUGGUCUGUUGAUUGGCAUUACGAUGAUGCUGGUUCUUCAGAGUAUCUGUAUAAACCAUUUUAUAUACACUGGAAUGUUAUUUGGUGGGCAGAGCAGAGGCGUACUGGUUGCCAUGAUCUACGCAAAAGCCACCGUCAUUUCUACGAAACUCAAGUCGGGAGGUAAGAGAGACAACAGGAGACCAGAGAACUAUCAUGAACGGAAUACAGCGCCUAAAUAUACCAUGUCAAAAGCAAAAAUGGAGGAACUAAAGGCACCCGGAAAGCGUAAAAUGGCGCGACAACUGCGCAAUGACACCGUUUGGACAAAUGGUGGCAUCACCAGCCUCGUCAACGUCGACGUUAUGCGGAUCGACAAAGCCGCGGCUCAAUUUCAUGUAAUAUGGACAUCACCGUUGGCCUGUUUGAUAACUCUCGCUGUCCUACUUGUCAACCUUACGUACUCGGCGCUUCCUGGAUUCGGGCUGCUCGUACUUGGUACACUUCUGUUGGCAUUGGCAACACGCCGCUUAAUUCGUCGCCGCAAGCGCAUCAACAAGAUGAGCGAUCAACGUGUCGCAGUCUUACGGGAGACUUUGCUGUCAAUCCGAACCAUCAAGUAUUUCGCCUGGGAAAAGGCAUUCAAGGAUAACGUAGAUGCCAUCCGAGACAAGGAGGUUUCUGCUGUGAAGGGCUUCCUUGCAACCAGAAAUGGUGUGAACACUACAAACAUGCUGCUACCCGUCUUUGCAUCUAUGCUAUCAUUUAUUGCGUAUUCACUGUCCAACCAUGACCUUUCUCCGGCACGAAUAUUUUCAGCCCUUGCGCUAUUUAACGCCCUUCGAAUUCCGCUUAACCUUCUGCCACCUGUGGCAAGCCAGGUUGCUGAUGCUUGGGUAUCUCUAAAGCGUGUUGAAGAGUUUCUUAUGGAAGACGAGGAGAGUGGUGUGAUGACCCAUGGGCUAGACGGGCCAAAUGCAGUCGAGAUUUGCGACGCGACGUUUUCGUGGAAGACUCCCCAAGUGGAAGAAAACGACAAAGACAAGGACGAAGCAUCUAACAUGUAUCAAAAUCAAAUGAGAGUCGCUGACUCACACGGUGCAAACCAAACACGGCCUGGCUCAUUCGACAGUAUUGGUGAUACGAAGCCAUUUGUGCUUCAAAAUCUGAAUCUUAGUUUUGGUCGGAGCGAACUAAUUGCAGUCAUCGGCGCCGUAGGGAGUGGCAAAAGCUCCCUACUUGCGGUACUUGCUGGAGAAAUGCGCAAAAUGAGCGGCGACGUCGUUAUUGCAUCAUCUAGGGCGUUCUGCCCACAAGAUGUCUGGCUACAGAAUGCGACUGUCGAAAAGAAUAUCAUAUUUGGCAAGCCAAUGAGUAAACAACGGUAUCGAGAGGUAAUUGAGGCGUGCUGUCUCCAACCUGACUUCGAUAUGUUUCCCAACGGAGAUGGAACAGAAUUAGGCGAACAUGGUAUUGUCAUAUCAGGAGGUCAGAAGCAGCGACUCAAUAUUGCCCGAGCCGUUUACUGUGAUGCUGAUAUAGUGCUCCUGGAUGACCCUCUAAGCGCUGUCGACUCUAAUGUUGGCCAGCAAAUUUUCAACCAUGCUAUACUUGGUCUGCUUCGGAACAAAUGCCGCGUUCUUGCUACUCACCAACUAUGGGUUCUGCACUGCUGUGAUCGCAUCAUAUGGAUGGACGCUGGAAAAAUUCGUGCAAACGACACCUUUGAGAACUUGGUCCGUAAAGAUACGGACUUCCAAGCGCUUAUUGAUACCACAUUUGGCGAGAAACCGACCACUCAGCACAAAACAGAUGCCAUAGUAAUUGUAAAACCGGAGAUACGAGCAGAAGAGAAGAUAAGUGUAGUAGUCUCAACACAGCAGGAAAAUGAGUCGAAUUCAGCAGGCUGUCACCGCUCAGCGUAUGGGGACUACCUUCGCGCCACGGGCUCCUCUUGCAGCAGCAUAUUUAUACUAUGCAUUCUUUUUCUCGCUCAGGGGGCCAAGAUCAUGACUAUUUUAUGGCUUUCAUACUGGACAGCUAAUAAGUUUAGCUUGCCAACUGAGCAGAACGUUGGGAUUUAUGUUGCUCUCGGAGUUGCGCAGGCUGUUCUUGUGCUUCUCUUCUCAGGGACCCUCAUUAUCUUUGCUAUGAAGGCGUCUCAUUCAGUUUUCCGACGUGGUUUCAACAGUAUUCUUUUCGCACCAAUGUCUUUUUUUGAUGCCAUACCAACGGGUCGUAUCAUCCAUCACUUUUCUCAUGACGUGGACGUUAUGGAUACAUCGUUACCUGGCGCUAUACGGAUAUUCUGUUUCACUAUGGCAAUGAUAGUUUCUGUGGCAGGACUUAUUGUUGCAUUCUUUCCCUAUUUUGCUAUUGCGGUAGGACUGUCAACUUUACUCUUUAUUUUUGCAACGUUGUACUAUUCAGCGUCUGCUAGGGAGCUCAGGCGGAUCGAGUCAGCGUUGCGUUCACGCGUGGUUUCGCAAUUUAGUGAGAAUCUUACCGGCGUGCCGACCAUUCGCGCCUAUGGUCUAACGCAGCAAUUCAUGAAGGAUCUUUCCGUUUCAAUAGACGAGAUGAGCGGUUCUUACUAUCUUGCCAUCGCUAAUCAGAGGUGGCUGUCAGUUCGACUCGACUGCAUUGGCAAUGCCCUUGUCUUUGCUACAGGCAUGCUAGUUAUCACAUCGCGAUUCAGCGUUCACCCCUCGACAAGCGGUCUAGUGCUUAGUUGUAUUCUUACGGUUGUACAAAUGUUACAGUUUGCCGUGCGGGAACUCUCGGAGGUACAGACUGGUAUGCACUCCGUCGAGAAUAUCUGCAACUACCAGAGACAGCUGGAGGGCUCGACGGGCGAUUCGAGCGAAAGCCCGAAACUCAUUCCAAGCGUGCAUAAGUCUUGGCCUCGGAAAGGUGAGGUUGUUUUUAACAACGUGGAACUGCGGUACCGAGACCAUCUUCCGUUGAUACUGCGAGGUCUUUCCAUGCGUAUAAACCCUGGUCAGCGCAUUGCCAUUGUUGGUCGUACCGGCACGGGCAAGACGUCAGUUAUCAACGCUCUCUUUCGCUUUGUGGAGUUGUCAAGUGGAAGUAUAACCAUUGAUGGACUGGACAUCUCUGCCAUUGGGCUUCAUGAUUUACGAUCACGCUUAGCAAUUAUCCCACAAGAUGUUACCCUGUUUCAAGGCACAGUGCGCAGCAACCUCGACCCUUUCAAUGAACAAAAUGACUCGACCCUUUGGUCCGCUCUACACCGGGCAUGUCUAGCACCUCCAGGGGCCCAUGAUGACAACCGUGGCAACAACCUUGAAACCCGCCAAAGGCUUCAACUCGAUACGGUUGUUGAAGAAGAUGGUCGGAACUUCUCGCUCGGCCAGCGACAACUUAUAGCAUUUGCGCGUGCGCUAGUCCGAGACUCAAAGAUUAUUGUGUUUGAUGAGGCUACUUCUUCUGUGGACAUGGAAACAGACAAAAUGAUUCAGUGCGCGGUGGCGGAGGCGUUCCGUGGACGGACUAUGAUAUGUAUCGCUCAUAGACUGCAGUCUAUUCUAAGUUACGAUUGUAUCUACGUUAUGGAUGCUGGGAGGGUUAUAGAAUCGGACACAGCACUUGCCUUAUGGCAUCAAGGUGGCACAUUUAGAAAUCUAUGUAACCAGAGCGGCAUCUGUCUUGAGUAUAUCCGGGCUGCGUCUCUGGAUAACCAUUGA